AUGUUUACCUUUCUUGUUAUUAUUGUAAACGUAUUGGUUUGCAUAUGUUUCUUGAAUACAAAAUAUCAGAUACAACUAGAUUAUAGUGUACCUAGUACCCUAAUUAAUUUAGAUAGAUCCUUAAAAUAUACAAAUAUAACUGUAGGAAAGGAUUCCUUUCUUUGUAUAUUAGAUAAGUCUGAUAGUUUUGAUACCUGUGAAAAAUAUGAUUUGUUGAAAAAUGUCGAUGAGUUUUACCCUGAUGGGGUUGAAGAACAAAAAGGAGUAAACAAUAAUAAUAAAAAAAAUAAAAAAAAUAACAAUAAUAAUAAUAAUAAAAAAAAUAAAAAAAAUAACAAUAAUAAUUAUAAUAAUAAUUAUAAUAAUAAUAAUAAUUAUAAUAAUUAUAAUUAUAUUUAUAAUAAACAUAUUGACAAUAAUGGUGACCAUCAAAUUAAUAAUGAUUCUUUUACAAAGUACAAUAUUUAUGAUAAUGUUGAAGAACAGCUAAAGAAAAACUACCUUAUAAAAUAUUCAGAUAAUAAUAAUAAUAAUAUGAACUAUAAUUUAUAUCUAGAGGAAGAUAACUAUGAGAUUGAAUAUCAGAAUGUGGAUAACUGGAUGAAUAUAAAAGGAAAUGAAGUUCAAAAUAAUAUUAUAAAAGAUAUUGAUGAUAAUACAAGUCCUAAACAAAGUAGUAAUAAUAAAGGUUGGACAUGUAAUCAUGUAUUGAAUAGAUUAAAUGAUAAAUAUUCUAAAGAAUUAAAAAAAAAAAAAAAAAAAAACACACAAAAAAAGAAAUAUCCUUAUGAUUACUUUUGGAAGGAAAGAAAUGAAAAGGCUGAUAAAUUAAAUAAGACAUUUAGUUGUAAUUUUCAAAAGGUAUAUGAUUAUAUUUUUUAUAAACAUAAAAUGAAUGCAUAUCAUAAAUAUAGAAUAUAUAAUAAUAUUAAUGAUGAUAUAUUAUUAAAGAAUCAUAUAAUAAAAGGGAAAAUGUUAACUAUAAAUAAUACAUGUGUUGAUGCGUUUUCUAAUGGAAAUAUAUUAAAAAUAUGUUUAAAUAAAUCUAUAUCAUUUAUAACCAAAAGAUAUCCUACUAAACAUAAAAAACAUAUUACUAUAUCAAAUUAUGCUGUAGGAAAAGAUUUAUUAUUUUCUAAUAAUACUGUAGUACAAUAUUAUAGUGAUGGCAAAUAUUUUUUUGAAGUACUUUUUUUAUGUGGUAAUAAUAAUUUAAGAGUUAAUAGUUUUGAAAAGUUAUAUAAUAUAUAUUAUCCAUUUAUUUUUCAAAUAUAUGAACAUAUCAAUACAACAAUUACAAAAUUAUAUAAUAUUAUAAUAAAAAGAUUAAUAGAUAAUGAUGUAUAUUUUUUUAAAUCAUUUUCUAAUUAUCAAUAUUCUGAACAAUAUUAUAAAUCAUUAAAACAGAAAUUAAUACAUAAUUUAAAUUUAUAUUAUCCUGAAGCUAUAUAUUUAUAUCGUAUUACAUUAAGUGGUUAUAUGUUUUGUAAUUAUACUGAGAAAAUAAAUCCACCAAAUUUUUUUCUUUUAAAAAAUUUAAUGAAUAAAUGUCAUCAUUUUAUUAGAGAAGAUGAUACCAUGUUUGAAAUAUGUUUACCUUAUAGUGUUAUUCAAUAUAAAAAAAAUGUUUUUGGAAAAGAAAAAUAUCCAUUAGUUUUAUUAGGAUCUUCAUAUAAUUCACUUAAUCAAGGUAAACCCUUUUAUGAAAAAAUGUAUGAUAUCUUCCCUGUUCUAAAAUCUAAUCAUAUGAUGAAAAAAAAUUUGGAAUAUUAUAAUCAAUUCAAAAAAACACACCUUUCUACAGCGAAUUCUUUCAAUACACAACAAAAGUUUGUAUCAUCAACGAAUAAAAAUAAUUCAAAUAUAUCAGAUGUAAAAUAUGAUUAUGCAAAUAAAAAAACAUUAAAUUCUCAACAAAUAUUAUCAUCUCUAGAGGAAUUUACUAUAAAAAGUGGAUUAUCAUCAAAUAAUGUGGUAACACAAAAUAAUGUGGUAGCACAAAAUAAUGUGGUAGCACCAAAUAAUAUGGUAACACAAAAUAAUAUGGUAACACAAAAUAAUUUAACACAAAAUAAUUUAACACAAAAUAAUUUAACACCUAACAAUUUAACACCUAACAAUUUAACACCUAACAAUUUAACACCUAACAAUUUAAGUUCAAACAAUUUAACACCAGAUAAUACUUCUACUGCCAAAAGGGUAUCCUCAUCAAGUACCUUAUCACCUCCAAAUUUAUUUCCAUCAUCAUUUAAUGUGUCUUAUACUCCUUUUUAUAUAACCUCCCUUUCUGCUUACUUUUCUUCAUCAGCACACCGUAUGCCAUAUGUAAGUUCCUAUAUAAUUGACAAGCCACUUGAAGUACUUAAAUAUGGAAAUGGCAGUUUUUAUAAAGCUUUAGCUUUUGAUUUGAAAGGAGGGAAAUGUAUAGAUUCGUUAGACGAAGUUCAUGAUUUCUUAACAACCAUAUAUUUUGAUUGUUCUUUAAAUUAUAAAAGUGGAACACAAACAAAAGUUGUUAAUGUCUUUCAAUCAACUGAGUGUCAUUAUUAUGUUCAUAUGACUUCACCAUAUGUGUGUGCUCAUCCAAUGUUACAUAUGCCAAUGAAAUCAAAAAAUGAGACAGUAAAAUGUUUUAGGAAUAUAUAUGCAGCUAGUUCUCAGCUUCAGGAUAAGUGGGCCAACAAUAUGUUUAAUAAUAUUAUGUAUAAUAAGAAGGAUGAUAUAUCUAAUAUUAUAAGUAGUAAUAUAACUAAUGAGAAUAAUAAUAAUAUGAAUAAUAUGAAUAAUAUGAAUAAUAUUAAUAAUAUGAAUAAUAUGAACAAUAUGAAUAAUAUGAACAAUAUGAAUAAUAUGAAUAAUAUGAAUAAUAUGAAUAAUAUUUGGAGUGAUCAAAAUAUAUCAUAUGAUAAAAAUCCGAAUGGAUAUACAUUUCCUAAUUUUUUUUUCAAUAAAGAAGAUAUAUUAAAGAAUGAUCAUUUUAUUAGUAAUGAUGAUAAAAUGAAUUUGUUUGAAUUUUAUGUGUUACAAAAUAAAAUAUUUAAAAAUAAAAAUUUCCUAUCCUUUGAAGCUAUACCCAAAGAUACAGAAAUAAUAUUUGGAAAAAAUUAUCAUUUUGGUUUAGGAAAUUAUGUAAGGAAACGAAUUUAUAAAUCCACUCCCAUAUUUCAUAUUGGAAAUAUUGUAAGACACAAAUACUGGAAUUAUCAAGCUGUAGUUGUUAGUUGGGAUUAUUCAUGUUUUGCUACUAAUGAAUGGAAAAAAAAAUCAUUCUCUGAAUAUCCCCCUGAAUUUCAAAAUACUGUUCAUUAUCUUCUCUUAAUAAAUAACAAGAAGAAAACAAAUGAAAAUGUAUUUUGUUAUACUAAGGAUCAAACUAGAAAAAAAUCUAACAUAGGUAAUAAGAAAAAUAAGAAUGUAAAUAAUAAUAAUAAUAAUAAUAAUAAUAAUAAUAAUAAUAAUGGUGAUGAUGAUUGUGAUGGUAAUGAUUAUUAUGGGCAUCAUUUUAAUCAGCAUGAUAAAAAUAGAAAUAAUAAAAAUAAAAUGAAUUAUGAUACUAAUGACAAAUUAAAAUAUAAUAAAAAUUAUCAAGAUGAAGAAGAAAAAAAAGAAAAUGAUACUAUUCAAAGUGAUCAGGAAGUUUUUCAUUUUGCUUAUGUACCAGAAGCAAGUUUAAUUUAUGGUGAUGAAAUUAUAUAUAAUGAAUAUUUAUAUGAAUUUUUUGAAAAAUAUAAUAAUUCCUUUCAUUUUUAUAUUCCUAAAAAAAAACAUAUCAUAUGGAAACUAUUCCCAUAUGACUUUUUUAAUUUAAUCUUUUGA